CAUGGCGUCGUCCGCAGACCUGAGAGACGAGCUGAACUGCUCCAUAUGUCUGAGCAUUUACACCGAUCCCGUCACCCUGAGAUGUGGGCACAACUUCUGCCAGCUGUGCAUCGACCGCGUGCUGGAUACCCAAGCAGAGACCGGGGUGUAUUCCUGCCCAGACUGCAGGGAAGGGUUUCACAAGCGCCCCACCACGCACAGGAACCUAGCUCUGCGUAACAUAGCGGAACGGUUCUUGUCUGCUCAGUGCAAACAGGAGGAUUUUGGGAUCUUGUGUUCUUACUGCAUUCACUCUCCUGUACCUGCUGCUAAAUCCUGUCUACUGUGUGAAGCUUCCCUGUGUCAUGACCACCUGAGGGUGCACAGCAAGUGUGAGGAGCACGUCCUAAGCGAUGCCACUUCCUCCCCAUGGAACAGAAAAUGCGACGUCCACAAGAAACCACUCAUGUAUUACUGCAUGAAGGAUGGAGCCUGUGUUUGUCUGUCCUGUUGCCUAAAUGGGGAGCACAGGGGUCACCAGGUAGACCUAAUGAACGAAGCCUUUGAGAAGAAGAAAAAGAAACUGUACGCCACCAUGGAGGUACUGAGGGCAAGCAAAGACAAGACUGAUACCAUGGUCAAGAGUUUGUAUGACCGAAGGAAGCAAUUGCCAAGAAAAGUUGAAGCUCUACAAAGAACAGUCAACGAUUUGUUUAAAGAUCUCAAGAGGCACCUGGAUGACCUGAAGAAGAAAGUUCUCAAUGAGAUUUCCAGGCAAGAAAAGCAAAACGGGUCGUCAGUCUCUCAUCUUAUCCAGCAGCUGGAGAUAAAAAAGGUGGAACUGUCCAGGAAGAUGCAUCACAUCGAGGAGCUGUGUAACAUGACCGAUCCAGUGUCCGUCCUCCAAAACUCCGACGGAGAGGACUUCGGCAAUUCAGAGUCAGAGAACGAGGGUCACGAUGAAGACAACGACGUGGAAAAGAGUGGAGGGAACAUGGCUAACCUUGCCGACGCCGUAGGCGAUCUAGACGAAGGACUGAUCUCGGUGACGCUGCACAAAGGUUUGGCUGAUAUCUUGACCAACGUAAGAAAAGGUUUCCCCACAAGGUGGGUGUCAGACAUGUUGCUGGACGUCUCUACAGCUUCUAACAACGUCCAUAUCUCAGGGGAUCAGAAAACUGCGUCUUGGUCCCAGAAACCACAAGGUCGCCAAGCAACGCCACAAAGAUUUCAGAGCUUCAAAGUUCUCAGUUCCACAAAGCUCUCCUCUGGCCGUCACUUCUGGGAAAUAGAAGUUAAUCAGAUUGGGAACUGGAGGUUAGGCAUGGCCUAUGCCAGUAUUGACAGAAAUGGAGACCAGUCCAAUAUUGGGAAUAACGACAAGUCGUGGGGUUUGAGGUGGUGGUGCAAUCAGCUCUCUGUGAGGUACGACUGUAAGGAAAUAAAUCUACCUCCUAAACUCCUGGGCCAGUCGGUUGGAAUAUACUUGGAUUACGAAGGAGGACGUUUGUCCUUUUACGACAUGUGCAACCCUCUUAGGCACUUGUACACUUACAAGGCCAGUUUCACCGAACCAUUGCAUGUUGUGUUUGCCUUGUGGGACAAUGCCUGGUUAAAGGUGUAGCUUACAUGAGCCUCCGAUUAACAUCAGAAAAUUUACAU